AUGGCUGUAGAAUAUACUCCUACGUCGGUCUGCGACUCCGCACUUAAAGAUGUCGAGGGAUACGAUCAUUUGAAGGUCGGAGACUGGAAUUCUCAGAUCAUUAACGGCAUUCUUAAAGCCCUCAUUGCCGCUACUUCUCCGUCCUCAUCCUCGACAUCCCCUCCCUACCGCUUCACUGUGAACAGCACGAUCGUGCAACAAGGCCUGAUCGAUAAGUCGGUUGCAGCAGGCGGCGCAGCUAGCAAUGCUGGCAAGCGCGGCAUGCACUCUGCCUCGGGCGCUUUCUGGGAUGUCAAGCGCGAUGGCAUGUGGACAUUCAAGUACCCCGGGGCUGAUGAACGGGGUCUGGAUGUCGUUGUGAGCGUGACAUGGUUUGCGGUGGACUAG